AUGACUACUAACAAGACUGAGAAUUUUUCUGCACUCAAAAAUGAUCUUUUUCUUCGUGCGCCUCUCGUGAAAAUUGAACGCGCUCCUGUUUGGAUUAUGAGGCAAGCCGGUCGCUAUUUGCCUGAAUUUCACAAGAUUAGAAAGAAUCAUAGUUAUUUCGAAGUGUGUCGUACACCUGAACUUGCUUGCCAGCUCACUCUUCAAACUAUCGAUCGUUAUGGCAAGCUCUUGGAUGCUUCAAUUAUUUUUUCGGAUAUUCUCGUUAUUCCCCAAGCUAUGGGUCUUGAAGUGUUUAUGGUUCCUGGUAAAGAACCUGUGUUCCCUGCUCCUUUAGAUACACCUGCCGAUUUCUCUCAUUUGACUGAAAAUGUAGACGUCGAAAAGGAAUUAGGAGCUCCUUGGACUUUAAUGGCUUAUAUGAUUGAAGGUGGUGGAAUUUAG